AAAUGUAAUGAGGAUGACAUUGGUUGUGUCGACAAAGUUUUGGUUUAAUUUCAGAGAUCUUGUCUAUCGUUAGAAUGUUACAUCUAUAGAAUUUUCAAGAAAAAGCAGACCAAAUGUUAACCCCUUGUAAACUUAAAGGAAACUCACAGGGGACACAGAGAGUAAACCCCGAUCAGAAGUAGAUCCCCGAAAGCAGGAGCUACAUGUGUAUUUGGAAUAUACAAGGGGCGGAAAUUACAGGUGAGUAUACCUCUCAAAAGAAAUAAUCAACAUGGCAAGCACAAUAGGAAACUCGUCCAUCUCCAAUAGCACCACACCAAGCAAAGACUUCAUCAUGGCUGGCUGUUUUAUCAACUUCAACACAGUAGCUUGUAUCAGGAGCUCGAUUUUAACUUUCUUGGCAGUGGUGACUGCAUUUGUGUGCAUUUUAAAAGUGGUACGUCUUCACAUGAUGCACCACCCAGCGUGGCACCAGUACGUUAUCUUCUACACAGCCUCACUAGAGUGCGUUAUAGCGGGUGUGCACUGGGUGCUGGUUCAGUAUGCUCAGAUGGACUUUGUCCUCCAGUAUCUAAAACUGAUCCAAUUUCUGGUCAUGUGUCACUUCUACUGGACGCUGGCCACGAGGGCGCUACGAAGGGAACGACUGACCAACUGGUUUCUGAUUCCCCUCCUUAUCCUGGUCUGUGUGUACUUUACGGUCAUUGCAACGCUAGGAAUUGUCAAUGUAGUGCCUGCCAUCACAGAAUGUCUACAGCCCUACUGGCUGGAGCUAUCAGGCGCCGAGUUUGCUACAGUUCAGCUGUUUAUGGUGGCAGGGUUUUACAUCACGAGGCGACUUAACGAGAUCAGCACGCUGGACUCGGUCAGGUGGUCGCAAAAAAGGGACCUCUGGUGCAUAAUCAUUGUAUUCGAAAUCUCAGCUUUCAUUGGAUUCUUGUAUGAUCUAACACUGCAGAUCAUUGGUGAUGAAUCUAGUGGUUGUGGCAACAUAUUUGGCGGGAAAGAAGAGCUCUUCUCCUCUGUGUUUCUUGUGUUUAUGGUCCUGAAGCUUCUACUGCCUAUCUGGGUCAUGUUGUUUGUGUUCCAAGCAACCCCUGUGGUCAAUGAGCCAGACGACAUGGUGCCAGCAAUCAGUGAGGACGGGAAUUCCCUGUUUGGAAGUAUAGACGAUCAUCAGUACCGACAACUCUACCAUCCUGCAGAAGACUACAACAGUUUCAGGGAUAGCUCCCCCUCCCCUAACCGUCCCUCAGUCAAUGCUGCCAUCACCAAGAGCAGUUCCUCUAACUUAGACCCCAUCCGAGAGGAAGGGACAGCUAACUCUGAUCAGAGCAGGACAGUUGUGAGGGGUAACACACAGACUCGAACGGGGACGGAGGCCAUCAAUUCCUCCGCCCGUCCACAUGUGGAGGACGAAAGGGAAACCCCGCCCAGUCAGAGGGGAAAGUUCUAUAUUUAGAUUGCUGUUCUAUAUUAAGGUUGAUGUUCACUGUGGUGGUGAGGAGUUUUUGACAUAUUUAUUACAUGUAUCAAAAACUGGUGUUGUUGUGUUGAUUCUCAUUUUGCAAUAUAAGAAUGAUGACUUACAAAUAUGUUGAAUUGAAUCAGAUAUUUGAUUCUUGACUAUUUAGAUCUGUAAAUUUUGUUUUAGUUUAUGUUUUAAAUAUGAUAUCAACAAAGAUGAUGUUGACUCUUUGUUUUGCAUAUGCAUCAUGUAUUACUUUCUGGACAUGUACAUGUAGGUAUUUAAUUUGUGUCAGUUUAGUAGUUAGGAAAUCAAAAGCUUGCAUAUACUUCCACUUGAAAAGCAGGCAAAGUUAAAUAAAUGGUUUGUUUCUUUUUCUCCAACCAACUAAAGUCUCGGUUCAGCAUCUUUGAAUUCUUCAUGAAGGGCUGACUAAAAGGGCAAGAUUAGAAAUAACAGUAGAAUGUACAAAUAAAACGAAAUAUUAUGAGAACCAUGUUAGAAUAUGAAACACUAUGUAUAUGUUUUGGCCUCAUAGAGAAAUAAAGUGGUUAUUUUAAAGGAAAUUUUUUAGGACUAUUGGGAUAAGGAAAUUUCAAGUUUUGUUAUUUAGAAUAAUGAAAUUGGUAUUGCACACCAAUUCAAAAGUGCUAAUAAUAUAGAGUUUUGCAUAUUAAUUUUCUAUAAUAUAUUUUAUUUUUAUCCACUUUAUUGAUUUUUACAUGCCUGUAUAUAUAUAAAGUCACAUGCAGAUAGAAUCGCAUGUUAAUUUGGGUUUUAAAACAAAAUAAGCCAAAACAAACUAAAAUAGAAUUGGAAAUAUUUCUAACAUGAUUCAGUUAAAUUCUAUCCUUUACAAAAUCCCUAUAUGUAUAAAAAGUUGCAUUUUUGUAUACAUAGAUGUUACAUUUCAAUCUUAAAGGAAUAGAGUGAAGUAUUGUUUAUUACCUGCCAAUAUUUUAUUCCUCAUGUGGAAAAUGAAAUCUUUACACAUAAAAAAAUGGCCGAAUUGACCAAACUAUAUGAUUCUUUAUGUGCUCAGUAUUUAAUGGCAUUACAUAGGAGAACAUGUUUGUGUUCAGUUUUGAAUCAUACCAUUUUUGAGUGGCUUUUUAAUUCAAUUUUCCCCCCUGUUAUUUGUUAUUUUAAUUCAAGAAGUGCUACAUGGAUUGGCUACUAUAUUUUUUUUCUGAUGCUUUGUUGAUUUCUGUUUAAAGCUUUGUUGGUGUGAUCAAUAUUUGAUUUUACUCUCUCUGCUUUCUGAAUGUGAUGUGUAUAAACAUUUGUUGAUUAGUAUACUCUGUGAACUCUGGCCCCGCCAUCACGAACAUUGUGAAAUUACUGAAUACAACUUUUAAUCGUGACAACUUUAUUUCGCGACAAUGCGAGACGCAAUAGCAAUUUAUUAGAUGAGAUGAAAGCACAUCAUGCUUCAUGUUCAAAAUGUAAUCACUGGUCAAAAUUUCAAAAAUGAAUAAAAUUUAGAUAUAAAAUAAAUUGUAAACAUUCUUAUAAAGGUUGUGCAAGGAAAAAAAAUACCUGACCAGUAAUAGUCAGACAGUAUUUAAUUUCAAGAUGUGUCACAAUACAGAUGUGUCCCAUGCUUCCAUUAAGGUAAUCCGUACCUAUAAAAGUAUGGGUUCAAAGAUAAAAAACUUAACUUUUUUAAACUUAUUGGACUUGAAUUUCAUCAAAAAAUAAAUAAAAUAUAUAUGUAUCCAUACUAUUUAAGAUGUUAGGUAAUAAAAACCAAAGGCUGAAAUUAUCAUCUGAAAAUCACACUUUUUCUUGUUUAAAAAUUAAAUAAAAGUGGAUGGAUACUUGUUUAUAUAUUUAAAUUUUAUUGCUUACUAUGCCAGAAAACUAAAAUGAAUUUAAAAAAAAAGAAAAAAUUGUUUACAUUAGAAAAAUUAUAGCAUUUAGAUAUAUCACUUAGAGAAAAAUAGAAAAGAGUUAUUUCCCUUUGUCAUUAUUGAAUUAUGUUGAAUAUAAGGAUGAAAAACGCUUAUAAAAUAUCUUCAAGUAAACACUGAUUUGAGUUUUUGAUGUGCACCUAUAAUAACUUAGAAAUUACAAAUCUACUUGCAAGAAUUUUAUUGAAUUCGUGGUUUAUGUAAAAUGUAUGACGUCACAGGAGGGUGGAUUUACUUUAAAGACAAAUGCAAUGAAAUUUGAGAAAACCUUUAACUUGAAGCUGAGAAUUUACCCGAGGAAUUUUGCUAAGUUGGUGAUGGCGGGGUCUGAGUCAUAUAUAGAUAUACAUGUAUGUUCACCAUUAUAGUGGCCGUCAUUUUAUACACUUUAUAUACCCAUCUAGUCAACAUCCAUGGAAUCCAAUCUCUUGUCUCUCAAAUCUGUCCUGUUUCACUAAAAUUGACUCAUGUAAUUUACUUCAACUUGUCAGGAGUAUCUAAUACUGUAUACCGGGUUAUUUUCGCCCGUGUAAUUUUCGCCUUCCUACACUUUCAAACAGUUUCACCCAGUCCUGAAUUCGCCCAGACAUUUGACGUCUGUGUUUACAAUGAUUUGAUUUGAGACACUGGAAUUCACCCAGUCUUAAAUUCACCCUCUAACAACGAGGGCGAAAGGGUCGAAUAUAAAACGGGGGCGAAUAUUUCCCUGUAUACA